AUGGACUGCGAACUGCCGUUGAACGACCACGCCUUCGGCCUCACUUUGCCCUUUCCGUGGAGAUCUUCUGGAUUCGACCUCCUGACGUCGCUAAUUACUCUUCUGAAGAUCCGACCGGAUCUCUGCCGGACUAUUAAUCGAGCUCACGGGCGUGCCCUGGGGGCCAUCAAAGGAGCCAUGCAUUCACGGGUCAGCGCCGCUUUUUCACUUUGCGCUUUUUCAUUUCAUUGUACCGUGAACUUUUUCUCACGUUUUGCCCUUUUUCAUUCGAAAAUUAUAGUUUUGCAUGAAAAAAAAUUAUAGUUUUGCAUGAAGUUUUUGCAUCGAAAUUUUUCAGUUGUAUACAGGUUUCAGAGUCGAUCACGGCUUAGAUUCUUGAUGGGAAAAAAGUAAAUUCUUUUAAUUUGUCAAUAAAGUUGAGCACUGUGAAUUAUUUUGCAAGUCCUAAUCCCAAAUGCGCUCUGACGAGCUAUAUGCAUCUGAUUGGUUCGUCACGCUCCUUUUGGACUUUGGUAACGCGAAUCCGACGUGUCGCGGCAUUUCUAGUGACAACUUUAGUAGCUUCAGCACUUUAAGUGAUCCCUAGAAUUACUCAGAAACGUCCGGAGCGCGUCCGAGCUUCUAUUUCAACUCGGCGAGUCAAUAAGAUAUCGUUCCAUGGGGCGCACUUGUAGGAUUUGGUAAGCUAGACUCAAAGAGAAACUAUAAGAAAAUCGAGUGAAAAACUGAUACUCAGUUGAUUAUCGACACAAAAACAGAAAGAUUUUGAAAAAAAGAAGAAUAUGAAGUUUUCGAUUUUUUUUUUCCUUUGAAGAGUUCUGAAGGUGAUCUGAUUUUUGCCUUUUUCUUUGGUAUUCUUUUUUUUCUCUAUCCACUCUGAACGGAGCAUAAGUCAAAAAGUAUUUUUCUGUUUUGCAAUUGAAAAAUGGAGGUCCCUCCGGCCUUCCUCCUGCUCUUCGCUUUUUUCCCUCUUAUUCGGGUCCAACUGUGGUUCUGGCAGAUGCCUUUCCUCUCCUCGCACCUGCCCUACAACCCCGGCCGAGUCGGACUCUUCAUCCAGCAUCAGGGCAGAUAUGCUCGCCGCAAAAAUCCCACCGACCUCAACGAAAACGACGUAUAAACGGCAUUUAUUUCGGAAUGACUGAAGGAAUCGGAAAUGAAUAAUUAGUCGGAGAAAUGACGGCUUUCGAGUGUUCAGGACCUUUUUUCAAAUAUAAUAUUUUGAUUGGCAGAAGAUCCCGUAAAGGUUUUUUUCACUUUUUUCUCACGUGUCAAAUUUUUGUAUUCUGGCUAGUGAAUCGUCAAUUUUUACCUAUGGGUAAAAUUUUUUUUCUUAAUGAGAAAGUAAUAACGAAGAACUAAAUGACUAAUCUAAUUUCAUUUUCAAUGUUUAACGAAAACGGAAAUUUUCGAAAAAUCUCUAAAUCUCGGAUUUUUUCUUUGUGUGAAAUGGAGGUUUCACAGUAUAAAAACUGGAUUCAAAACCUUUUUUUAGCCGGCUGAAAUGUAGAAAGUAUACGCAUUGUUAACGAAAUUUUUAAGACACACUUUUUGUUUUCGAAAAAAUUUGAAAGAUUUCUUAACUACUGUUUUUAAUUUUAUUCCGAUUUUCAAAAAAAUCUAGAAAAAUUCACUCUUGGAACUGAGAGUAGAAAAAAAAAUCCAAUUGAUGGAUAGGUACAGUCAAAACCUGCAAUUUUACACAAAAAAAAUGUUCAGAUCACGGCGCCGCCGAUGCCGGCAUGGAAAAAGUACGCCCGGAUAGUUCUGCCCCACGUCGGUCUCAUUCUUCUCUCUUUGCUCUACGUCAUCGGAGGCGCCAUCGCCUUCUAUCACAUGGAACGGCCUCACGAGGUUCUGCUGUCUUCCAUGAACAGGAAGAUUCUGGAGACGUUCAGAUGGCCGUCCGGGAGAAGAACAUCCGGCGGUUCAUCGAGCACAAGAACACGAUGAUGGACGAGCUGUGGGAACUCCGCGAGGCCGGCGUCAGUCAAGGUUCUUAUUUUCUUUUUCGUUUCAAAAAGAGUAUUGGAAUAAAAAAUCACCGGAAGACAACUUUAAAUUUAUGAGCAAACUUAAAUUUCUAAAAAAAAAACUGAAUUUCCACUGAAGUACAGAAAAACUGUAUCAGUGUUCUAUAUGAAAACUUCCAGAAGCGAAUUUCGGAAAGUUUAAUUUUGAAUUUCAGAUUUUCUUGACGCUCUAGCAGUCCAGUACGUCGACAACGUUACAAGGAUUCUAUUUGAAGCCUUCGACACCCAUUUCAUUGGGGCCAGACAUCUCCGUCCUGGUGGCGAGAACGAAGAAGUUUGAAAUAAUCAAGUUUUCAUUGUUUCUUGAGGUUUAAGUAGGAUUAGCUCCAAACCUUGUGAAAAAGUCAACUUUUAAGUUUUCUUUUUCUUUUCUCUCUGGUGACUUUUAUAAGACAACUUGCUAUAACGAUCUUCUUACCUAUACUUAGUUGAAGCGCUAAAAUUUCAGCUUUCCAGCUUUUUUGUCCCAUUUCUACCCAAACAAACUUAUUCUUCUCAAUAUUUUCAGCACAGCUGGACGUUUAUCACAGCCUUAUUCUUCACAGCAACGCUUCUCACCACGAUCGGUUACGGUAACCUGGUGCCGGUCACCUGGCACGGGAGAAUGUUCUGCAUCGCCUACGCACUUCUCGGAGUUCCGCUCAUUUUGAUUACUGUAGCUGACAUCGGAAAGUUCCUCUCCGAAAACAUCAUUUGGCUUUACACAAGGUAAAAAAUUCUGGCUGGAAAAAAAAAGAAAAGAUUUUUUUUGAGAUACACGAAGCUCCGUCAGAGAUGCACUAAUAGGCAGUACACUUCUAUACCGACCAUCGAGGAGAAGAAGGACGGCGAGCAGCUCAUCCAAGUGAGUUUGAAUACCAGAACUGACGCAAAAAGUCGCAAAAUCUGAAAAAAAAAUCGGCCUGGAGUACUGAAAUUUUUAGUCAAUGUGCUAAGCCUUGAAGCCACCGUGUAGCGAAUUAUUUUUAACCGUAUCAGACUUGAAACGAGUUGCGCGCAGUAGCACUGUACAGUCUGAAACUGAGAUUUUGAAGUUCAAAUCGGAUGUAAUAUAACCCAUUCUGAACGAAACGCGACCUUGUAAUUUUUAGCCAUUCCAAAUGCGACCACGGAAGUCAACUUAGAUCUAGUAAAGUAUAAUUAGAAAAGAAAACUGAUCGCAAAAGUCCAUAAAAUUCACUCAAGUCCAAAAUAUUUUCAAACACUUCAAAAAUGAAUUUUUUAAACAUAGAGAAUCAGUGGAAAAAUUGAGAAAAAGAAGGUAAUUUAAAUAGAUAUCGCAUUUUAAUUUCAAAAAAUAAUAUCCCACAACUGGAAGCGAUUCGUAAAAUUUCUAUAAGAUUUCUCGCCUCAAUUUUUUUAUUUUAUUUUAAAGAUCCUUGAUUUUUUUCAGGGCCUGGAACAUUAUAUUUCUAUUCCAAUCUCAUUGAUCGUUAUGAUUCUUCUCGGAUACAUUACUAUUGGCGCCGUUCUUCUCGGCUCCUGGGAGAAUUGGGAAUUUUUCUCUGGCUUCUAUUUCAGCUUCAUCACCAUGACUACGGUUCGUUUCCUACUGUAGCUUAAAAGAAUCUCAGAUCUUUUUCGUAACUUCCUUCAUUUUGAAACGGAAAAUCGAUCGAAUAAAGUGUUUUCUUUUAAGUCUGUCUUGAUGAUGGACUUGAUUAUUUUUAUUUCAGUAGCCUUCGUAGUUAGAAUAAAUAACUUCGUUCAGAGUUUUGAGGCAAUCUUGAGUUUUUACAGGUUGGCUUCGGCGACAUCGUGCCUUUAAAGCGAGAAUUCUACAUCUUGGAUUUGUGCUACAUUAUCAUUGGCCUAGCAAUCACGUAAGUUGUUUUUGAACUCUAACUUUGAUAUCACACUUACUUGACUCAAAACAUACUUCACUGACUUUUUCACCAUUUUCGACUUGUUUUAAAACAUCCUUGGAAGGUAGCUAAAAGAGCGAAUAAAGCAUAUUUUGAGCAUAAACAAAUUUUUACAGCACCAUGUGCAUCGACCUUGUCGGCAUUCAGUACAUUCGCAAAAUUCACUACUUUGGAAGAGCUAUUAAGGUAAGAUUUUAUUUUUAUUAAAGUGUCAAACGAGUAAAAACGAAAACCUCUGAACGAAAACAGUGAAAUCAGUAUGAAUUAAUCUUUUUUCACUUUGUUUUCUAAAUCAAUUUCCAGGACGCCCGAUUUGCACUUGUUAACGUUGGCGGAAAAAUGGUUCAUGUUCCGGAUUUGAUGCGAUAUGCCAGUGUUUUGCAACAGGUUACAUUUCUGAUCACUUCUUCCCUUUCUCAAAAAGUUACUGCAAAAUUCAAUUUUUUUAAUUUCUAGCUUCAAGUUUUUGUUAAAACAGCUAUUAAGUGAAAUUUCGAACAAUGUGAGAAAUCCAAACAUCGAAAAAAGAAGGAAUAAUUCUAAAGUAUGACGAGAAACAGUGAACAGAAUCACAGAGGUUUUCAUUUUUCGCGAUUUUUCUCAAUUUAACAGAAAGCUUUUCAUAAAGACUGCACGUUUUAUAACAUUGUCAAUAUUUGUCAAAAUUGAAAAAACAAAAACCUGUGCAAUCAAAUGAGAAAAUGUGUGUAUUUUUGAAUCAAAUUUCAAAAGUUCUGACAGGAGAGUAAUUAAAAUGAGAAAAAAUAUUUUAAUUUUUCACUCUCUUCAAUGAAUUUGCGUUCCUGGGGCAUAUAUAGUUUCAUAAGAUUUUGGAGACCAAUUAUUGUGUCUUUUUAUACAAUCUUCUUUCUUGGUCAUUUUUGUGAUUGUUAUCAAAUAUAUCCCAAUACAGUGUCGGUUUUUUAAAGACUUCUGGCAAACGUUUUUUCUAAGCCAAGUCCAGGUAAUUCAUUUCUUCUUUGAGUAGCUCCUCUUGAUUGAAACCCCAGUUUUGUAGAAAUACGGACACAAGAAGACGCACGACACGAUCGUGGUGAAAGGCGCCUACGCACCGAAGGACCUCAGCAAGAUCAGAUUUAUCGAUUACGGAGCCCUCGCCUCGAUGGAGAGUCUCCAGUCCUUGCUUUCGCUCUUCACUUCUCGGAGCCAAGAAACGGCGGUACUUGUCUAG